GACCCGCUUCCGCCCCGCAGGACCCGCCGCCGCGGUCAUGAGUCGCUUUAAGUUUAUAGAUAUUGGUAUCAACUUGACAGAUCCUAUGUUCAGAGGGAUUUAUAGGGGAGUUCAAAAACAUCCAGAUGACUUAGAGGAUAUAAUACAGAGAGCUGUCCAGAUUGGUGUAAAAAAGUUUAUGAUUACAGGUGGAAGUCUGCAAGAGAGUAAAGACGCACUGCAUUUGGCACAAACAAAUGACAUGUUUUUCAGUACAGUUGGAUGUCAUCCUACAAGAUGUGAUGAAUUUGAAAAGAACAACCCUGAUCUUUACUUAAAGGAGCUGCUAAAUCUUGCUGAAAACAACAAGGGGAAGGUGGUAGCCAUAGGGGAGUGUGGGCUCGAUUUUGACCGACUACAGUUUUGUCCCAAAGAUACUCAGCUCAAAUAUUUUGAAAAACAGUUUGAACUCUCAGAACAAACAAAAUUGCCAAUGUUUCUUCACUGUCGAAACUCACAUGAUGAAUUCUUAGACAUAAUGAAAAGAAACAGAGAUCGAUGUGUAGGUGGAGUGGUGCAUUCAUUUGAUGGUAGCAAGGAAGCAGCAGCUGCUUUGAUUGACUUGGAUCUCUAUGUAGGAUUUAAUGGUUGCUCACUGAAAACUGAGGCUAAUUUGGAAGUUUUGAAGUCAAUACCUAGUGAAAGACUAAUGAUUGAGACAGAUGCACCUUGGUGUGGAGUCAAAAGUACACAUGCUGGAUCAAAAUACGUAAAGACUUCAUUUCACAAAAAGAAGUGGGAAAACAGGCACUGUUUGAAAGAUAGAAAUGAGCCCUGCCAUAUAAUUCAAAUACUGGAGAUAAUGUCAGCAGUAAGAGAUGAGGAUCCCCUGGAAUUAGCCAAUACACUGUAUAACAACACCAUGAAAAUAUUUUUUCCUGACAUGUAACUGCUAUAUCUUCCAUUUUACAUCAUGUCUGUAAAAUUUCAUGGUAAAGUAUAUCAAAAGUUUUAAUAAAGGAAUCUGGAUUUAAAGA